UUUGUAUUCGAAGGGAUUAAUUCGAUACCCGGCAAUUGUGUGAAAGCUUCCUCGGACGGACGCCUAACCCCUACUAACUUAACCCGUUUUCAACUGACUAGUAUCAUUGAUUUUUUCAAGACGUAUAUCGAUACGCGAUUCUACACCGGCCACAAGUUGGAUUUCAAACAACACAGUUGUGCCGGCGGCCCUGUAUCCGGUGGUGGUGGUGUCGUCGGCAAUACCAACUCGAAUUCCCUUCAGGUGCAUCACAUACAUCAGCCUCAUCUGCCUGCCAGCAAUCCGUCUGCCCACAUACCACCGCAUCAUUCCAUCUUACAUACGCAUCACGCCGGUACCGCUGCUAUAUCGCACGCAUCUGCCCAGUCACACAUCGCCGCCGGCCUACCACAUAGCGGCUUGCCGCCUGUAGGGCAACAGCAACAGCAGCAACAAUCAGCCUCAGCGGCAUCUGCCGCCCAACAACAAACGGCACACCAGCAACAACAACAAGCGACACAGUCACAGACUCAGCAAUUACAUACACCAACUUCCGGCGGCUGUGCGACCAGUAACGGCAGCACCACUUCUGGGAGCGGCAGCAGCGCUAUCGGCUCAAACUCCGCAUCUUCACUGUGGCUGCAUCCGUUUCAACGGCUUCAUCUUUGCCUCAUAUCGUGCCACCGAGCUUGGGAUUAA